AUGACCGGGAUAUUUGUGGACACCUUGAAGGACCCAUUCUUUGAUCGAUUAGUGAGCAGUGUCGCAUCUGACUUCGCACAUCUCAUCACGAUUGGAGACCGCAUAGAGAACGGGUUAAGGGAUGGAAAGAUUCCUGGAGCAGUAACAGCAUCUAGCGCACCAAAGAAAUAUUCUGGAGGCUUCCCAAAGAAAAGAGAAGGUGAAACAAACGCCAUAUCCAGGAACUAUAAAAGGAAGCAACAAGCUUCAUAUGGUCAAGUCGCCGCCGUGGUACCUAUACCCUAUCAACAGCCAAUGCAGCAACAACAAAUGUAUCAACCACAACAUCAACAACAUCAUCAUCAGCAAAAUACCGCACCAUUAAGACAGUUUAAGCCAAGACCUCCAAGAAGACAACUUGACCCUCUACCAGUACCUUAUAGUCAGAUAUUCCCGUAUCUGCAGAAGGAGGGCCUUCUAACAUUGAGGGAAUUAAAACCAGCUAUUUUUCCGUAUCCACCUAGAUACGACGCUAAUGCCCAUUGUGAAUUUCACAUGGGAGUACCUGGUCAUACUUUGGAAAACUGUUUUGCAUUUCAGAAUCGAGUACAAGACUUGAUCGAAGCCAAGGCUGUUUCUUUCACUCCAAGACGCCCGAACGUGAAUACCAACCCUAUGCCGACGCAUAAGGAUGCUUCCGUCAGUGCCAUUAAGGAGAGUGAUGAAGGCAUACUGAUCCGUAAGGUUGAAGAGAUUCAAACGCCUAUCACCAUGAUAGGAGCACAAUUGCUGAAGAGUGGUCUGAUCCUGGAAGAGCUGGUUAAGGAAGAGAAUAAUGAAGAGUUGAGGAGUUUUAUACAACAAAUGCUGGAUCGGGGGGAAUUACAGAUAACUUACCGUGUCAAGAGCAAGCGUCAGGAAGAGAUAGCCGUGGUAGAUAUCCCCUAUGAUGAGGUCAAAGUAGAAAUACCUAUAAGCCCGUUGGUGAUAGAGUUCCCAGCACCAUUCGAAUAUAAAGAUGAGAAGGCAGUCCCAUGGAUAUAUCAACCCAGAGCUUUUAAGCAGGGGCAGGAAGAUAAACCUUUAAUCAUUAACGAACCAAAUGUCACUUCAAUUGUGGGGCCAGCAGGAAUGACGCGCAGCGGCCGAGUGUUUGCACCAAGAACUGCUGAUACUUCUGAGAGAGCUAAAGGGAAGGAGGCUACUGUCCAGAUCCCCAUUCCUAAUCAGGGGAUGCAAGACAUGCACCUGUCUCCUAAAGCUGGUGUCACUCGUGAGGAGGCUGAGGAGUUCCUCUUUGAACGUCAUGCCAAAGACGACCUUGAUAAAACUGCCAGUGGAAGGGAUAGGUCAUGGAUAUACAUCCUGGCUAUAGUUGCUUACUCGGGAGACCCUGGAUUCACUCUGCAGGUGGAUGGCGAAAUCACUGAGACACCCUUCCAAUCCUUGGAAGUAGUGAACAUGAUGGCCAUUCAACAGACCUUGGAGGCCCCGAAAUCAGGACCAUCCAUGGCCUCUUGGCGGGGAGCAAAAGCUGUUAUGGAAAGUGAAGAUGCACAAGACUGGGGCAAAGUGGUGGAAGUGAAAGAGAAACGAGACAAGUUUGGCCUGGGGUAUGACCCAUCAUCAGACAAAGCUGGUAGCAAUUAUGACAAAUAG